UGUUAUUAUAAUCGGAGGGAGCAAAUCUAGUGUUCUGACUGUCGAAUUCGCAAUGGCGGAGACAUCCUAAUAACGGGAAUUUUACUCGAAUCCAAGAUCGCCAGAAAGGCAGGGAGAAGAAGCAAGGAAUAAGGACAAGCGGAGGAGAAGCCCCUCUCUCCCGUCGCUCGAUUGAUUUGAGAUAUCUGGAUUGCUGAUGGAGACAGCCGAGUCAGGACCGGAUCGAAUCGAUUCAGAGGAACCAUCAAACACCCCAACAGUAGAUAAUGCUGAGAAUUCCAUUGGUGGAGGGAACUCAAAAGAGCAGCCUCUUCCUGCUAAAGACGAGAAAAAACUGCAUACUGAUCUUUCGCAUGAUUCAAAUCCUAUGGAUCCAUCAAGAAAUGUGCCUUUGGGAUCUGUAAAUACCAGUGGAGAUCAUGGUUCUGCUUAUACACCAAAUUUAUAUGCUCCACAUGCACAAACAUUUGUUUACGGAGGCUACGAGAAUACUAAUGGUGAAUGGGAAGAGUAUCCACAUCACUUUUUGCACGCAGAAGGUUUUGAACCUGGGUCAACAGGAUUUUACACUGAGAACCAAUCUGUUAUGUUCCACCCUGGUUAUGGGUAUAAUCCCCAGAUGCCGUAUGGGCCAUAUUCACCUGUUACAACACCUUUACCUGCUUCUGGGAGGGACGGCCAGCUUUACUCCCCUCAACAUUUUCCUUUUACAGGCCCAUACUAUCAUCAACCAGCUACGCCUAACAUGUCAUAUCUACAUGCACCGUCUUCAAUACCUCAAGCUGAUUUGACAGUGCCACUUGAGCAACAAGGUGCUUCUCUUGCCAACCUGAAUUCCAGCAGCAUUCUAUUGGGGCCAACACCUGCUUACCAUGUUCCAUUUAGCUCUUUUGAUUGGUUGAAAUCUCCCGAUGGGGUAGGAUCUCUGACUCCAUUGCUUUCACCAGCUGCUUCCCCUCAACCUAUAGGCGCUGUUGGAUCAUUUGGCCAAGGCAUGAUGCCGCCGUCUUCUGGCAUGGCAUGUCAACCUCAAAGAUCUUUCUAUGGUUUUGGAUCUUCAAUUAAUUCCUAUGAUCAAGGAUACUUUCAUGGUGGGAUGUAUCACCAUGGAAGUAAUUUUGGAGGAUCUAUUUCCAGCUUAGGAAAUAAUGGUCGCAAUUUGCUCGCAAAUGACAAAGUUAGGAGACGGGGUAAGGGAAAUACUUCCACGUGCAAUAGCUGCAAUGACUUUCUCAAUGAGCAAAACCGAGGUCCACGUGCUUCCAGACCAAAGAAUGCAAACAUUGAGCAGGCCUUGGCUGCUGAUAACAAAAACAGCAAUGUAAUUCCAGGUGUUAACCGUGAACUAUACAAUCGACCUGACUUUGCUGUUGAGUACAUGGAUGCAAAGUUCUUUAUAAUAAAAUCUUACAGUGAGGACAAUGUUCACAAGAGUAUCAAGUAUGGUGUUUGGGCCAGCACUGCUAAUGGGAAUAAGAAACUAGAUGCUGCUUAUCGUGAAACAAAAGAGAAGGGAGAUUUUUUCCCAGUUUUCUUGUUUUUCUCUGUAAAUGCCAGCGCACAGUUCGUUGGUGUUGCUGAGAUGAUUGGACCUGUUGAUUUUGACAGGAGUGUGGACUAUUGGCAGCAGGACAAGUGGAGUGGCCAGUUCCCUGUGAAGUGGCAUAUUAUAAAAGAUGUGCCUAACAGUCUGUUCCGGCAUAUCAUCCUUGAGAACAAUGAUAAUAAACCUGUAACCAACAGCAGAGACACCCAGGAGGUAGUAAAACUCGAACAAGGUCUCGAAAUGCUAAGCAUCUUGAAGAACUAUGAAUCUGAUUUGUCAAUUCUGGACGACUUUGCAUUCUACGAAGAUCGACAGAAAUCAAUGCAGGAGAGGAAGGCACGGCAACAACUACAGCUUUCUCCCACUCCUGAUAUGGUAGACGGGAGACAACCACCUCCAGCCUCAAGAUCUUCCGAGUUGAUUAGCCAGAUCUCAAAGAACUUUGCCGAGGUGGUUAGACUGGACAAAGUUAACGGCGAAGGCACGGAUAAAAGUAACACUUCUGUUGCCAAUUCCGAGGACGCGAAAAAGCCUACUUCAUCAACAGCAUCAUAGAUGGAAGCUGGAGAAGGUUUAAUCUGACGCUGUGUGCCAAUCAUUCAGCUUCAUCAUCAUCAUCAUCAUCAUCAUCAUCAUCAUCAGGUGAUUUAGUAUAGAGGCUGCUCAAAUCUGCAUUUCGAAAGGAUGUGGUGGGG